UGCUGUCCACUUUGAUACCCCUUACUUGCUGGAGACUUGCUUGCUAUGUGGGAGUUUUUUUUUUUUUAUCCGAUGGAUUUUCUCUUCUCUGGUGGCUCAUAUUUAUAUACUUCUUUUUGGCUGAGUUUAUGGUCAAUCUUGCCACUUUUGUCACAUUUGUCUCUUCUUUUUUAUUUCUCUAUAUUUAAUUUUCUUUCAACAACUAUCAUGAUUUUGGGGAUAUGCCUAAAAUGAUUAUUUCGGAGUUCCAGUUGGGUUCCCAUGGGACGUGUACAUAACAGAAGAGACUCAGUGUGUGGACGGUACCAAACAUACCAUGAAUUACAUACCUGACCACGGGUUGUUUUUUCAAGGUUUGUUUUGAUUAUACAUGUGAAGAAACCGGUAACAUAAAA